AUGUUUGAUCGGUUUGUUCUUUUGGCUGUUUCUGUGAUCAGUUUUCUGCCCGGCUUCCAUGUUGUCACUGCUGAUGAAAAAUGUACAGGAGAAAAACCUGUUUUCACUCCAUCCAGACUGGUAGUGAAGUAUGGUGACCCGGCCUCUGCCACGUGCCUUGUUUGUCAGCAUAAUUGCACAAGUGAUGAAUUUGGGUUGGAAAAGUCUGUGGGGUCCACUGAAGUAAAUGGAAUCACAAUUUCAUGGAAGGUUGACAACCUGACUGAAUGGGAAAUAUCUCCACAGUGCUACUAUACUCAUGAUGAAAAUAAUCAGUGUGUUACCAAGCUUCCUAUAACCGUCUAUCAGCCUCCAAAAAAUGUCCAUCUCAGCUUCCUAAAUCACUCUGGGCCGAUGUUUGCAGGUCAUCAGUACACUCUGCAGUGUACAGUCCAGGAAGUUGCUCCUAUUGGUAACCUCACUGUGAUCUUCUACAGAGGACAGACAGAACUACAGAGACGACUGUCCAGCAGCACAACAAGGGUGCCAGUUAAUGAGACCUUCACCCUGAACAUCAACCCUAGUAAAGAUGACGGAGGCCUGUACUGGUGUGAAGCCAAGCUAGACCUGGGAGCUGAAGGACCACAGCCUCCUCCAGUGGUGACGUCACAAAACAUCAUCACCACUGUUUACUAUAAGCCUGAACUGAAGGGGUCUUCACAUCCAGAUCCAAUCACCGUCAUAGCAGGAAGCCCCCUACACCUGAACUGCUCUAGUGAGGGAAAUCCCAGCCCCUCAUACACCUGGAGGCUCCCGUCAGCCAUUCGUUCCCCCUACAAUGGCAGCACUCUCGAUAUUAAGUCUAUCCUCCAAAAAAUAUCCAUCUCAGCUUCCUAA